AUGGUAGCGCCUUUGACGGAUGAGAAGCGCGCAAAGGAGCUGGCCAAGCUGAUGCACGGGUAUCUGGCCAACGACAUGGGCCUGGAGCUGAAAAAGUUCAGCGCGAAAGAUGCGCGGCUGGAAGCAUUUGGGGCAUUCAUGGGCCUCCUGCGCGCAAGCAACCCCGUGUUCGAGCAAAAGCAGGCCUUGAGGGCCCUGAAAGUGCGCUGUCCACUGGCUCAGCGCUUCCCAACCGUCCACUGUGGCAAGCUCGCCCACUACGAUGACAUUCACGUGGCCCUCAGAGAGGUGGUGGACACGCAGGAGCAUGACAUGAGCCACAACAAGAUGUGGCGCCUCCUAGUUUGGAUCUUCUUAGGGAAUGGUGGCCAUGAGCACAAAGCCUGGCACAGGCUCAAGACCAUGCCGUGCACCCUGCGCUACAAGCCCGGCGUUGUGCAGCCAUUGGAAGUCCUCCGCUGGGUGAGCACGGCAGUUUGCCACACUGGCGCAGUAAUGCGGGUUAUAGGCUCUGACGGUUUGGAUAAGAAGAGCCGCUCGGCAAAAGCACGCUUCCUGUAUCUGGUGCACUGGCACAGAGAGGUCCCGAGGUUGGUAGAGGCAUUCCACACGAGUCCGGGCACCUUCCACGCCGCUCUCUGCAGUCUUCCUGGCCUCCGAGGGGAGCUUUCAAGGAAAGAGCUCCUCAUUAUCUUGGGUGCUUCCAAAAAUCCAAAGAUGCGCAGUGUGGGCCGGGCUUCACUUCCUUUCGGCCAAGGGGCGAAGAACGGCGCCAUGACCUUCAUGGGCAUCAAGAUGUUCACCGGGAAGGCCGCGACCGAGUAUUACCACGACCGGCUUUCGAGAAAAUGCAAGCGUUUGUCCAAGACCAUUGGGAAGCUCUUCCCAAAACUACCUGCCAAGAUGAAGUCCGUAGAGUUGGGAGACAUCGAGCCCUGCUUGUGUGGAGCCUUCAUCUAUGCUAAGCAGGUGGAGAGGUUGCGAGCGGAUGAGAGAUGGAAGCCGGGCAGGGCGGAGGACUCCUGGGCGGCCGUCGCUGCUUUGCCAGUGCCUGCUGGCUUUCUACCCUACGGCCGCGAUGGGAAGCCGGAGCGACGCCUAGGCUCGAAGACUCCGAAGACUCCGAAGAUCUCCUACAAGGAGAUCCACAUCGCGAAUGCUCCCAAGGGGAAGCUGUCACGGCAGAAGCUCUUCCGAGAGUGGGGCUUGACAGGAAAGUGGCCGGAAGCCGCGCGGCCGAAGAGGGUCCGCAAGGAGGGGACUCUGAAAAAGGAGCUCAACUUAGACGUUGUAGAGGGCAAAGCACCCGGAGUGGCUGCACUCUUCCAGGAGUCUCUGGAGCGAGAGGACAAGAACAAGAAGCUAUCCUUGCCCUCCUGGUCCAAACUCACUCCCGAGGCAGCACAGGCCCAGCGACAGGCGGAGAAGCUCUUAGAAGAGGAUCCAACGGUCUUCCAGUAUGACGAAAUUCUGGACGACAUCAAGGAGGAGCAGGGCGUUGAGUCUGUCAGCGACAGGGUCCGCGCCGAUGCGAUGCAGCAGAAGAAGCGCGUGGGCCUCCACGUUCCUCAGGGCGCGGACGCCGUCGGGGGCACAGGGAAGGCGUGCAAGGGAAUCUCCGAUUAG